AUGGGAUCUAUUUCGACAAUGGAUUUCGAUUCUUCUUCAUCACCUAACCAAAUCCAUGUAAUGCUCGUUUCGUUUCAAGGACAAGGCCAUGUCAAUCCUCUUCUUCGUCUUGGUAAGCUCAUUGCAUCAAAGGGUUUACUCGUUACCUUCGUUACUAAUGAACUUUGGGGGAAGAAAAUGAGACAAGCCAACAAGAUCGUUGACGGUGAGCUUAAACCGGUUGGUUCUGGUUUAAUCCGGUUUGAGUUUUUCGACGACGAAUGGGAAGAAGAAGAUGACCGGAGAGCUGAUUUUUCUUUGUACAUUUCGCAUCUAGAGAAUGUCGGAAAACGAGAAGUGUCCAAGCUUGUUAAGAGAUACGAGGAAGUCAACGAGCCGGUCUCAUGUCUGAUCAAUAACCCAUUUGUCCCAUGGGUCUGCGACGUGGCGGUCGAAUUCAACAUUCCUUGUGCAGUGCUUUGGGUCCAGUCUUGUGCUUGUUUCUCUUCUUAUUACCAUUACCAUUACCAAACUGGCUCUGUUUCUUUCCCUACAGAAACGGAGCCUGACCUAGAUGUUAAGCUUCCUUGCGUUCCACUCUUGAAGCACGACGAAAUCCCUAGCUUUCUCCAUCCUUCUUCUCCGUUUGCCGGUUUACGUCAAGCGAUUCUUGGACAAUUCAAGAAUCUAAGCAAGCCCUUUUGCGUCCUGGUCGAUUCAUUUGACGCUUUGGAACAAGAAGUCAUCGAUGACAUGUCGAAACUCUGUCCAAUCAAAACCGUUGGACCGCUUUUCAAAGUCGCUAAAACCGUUACCUCUGAUGUAAGCGGUGACAUAUGUAAACCGACGGAUAAGUGCCUCGAGUGGUUAGACUCGAGGCCUAAAUCAUCCGUGGUCUACAUCUCGUUUGGUACGGUUGCUUAUUUGAAGCAAGAACAGAUCGAAGAGAUCGCUUUCGGAGUUUUGAAAUCGGGUUUAUCGUUCUUAUGGGUGUUUAGACCUGCACCGCAUGAUUUUAAAGUAGAGAAUCAUGUCUUGCCUCAAGAAUUGAAAGAAGCGAGUUGUAAAGGUAAAGGAAUGAUUGUGGAUUGGUGUCCACAAGAGGAAGUCUUGGCUCAUCCUUCAGUGGCGUGUUUCGUGACGCAUUGUGGAUGGAACUCGACAAUGGAGGCUAUGUCUUUAGGAGUUCCGGCGGUUUGUUGUCCGCAAUGGGGAGAUCAAGUGACGAAUGCGGUUUAUCUGAUCGAUGUUUUCAAGACGGGAGUGAGGCUUGGUCGCGGAGCGACUGAGAGAGUUGUCCCGAGGGAAGAAGUUGCGGAGAAGCUUUUGGAAGCGACCGUUGGGGAGAAGGCGGAGGAGUUGAGGAGAAAUGCUUUGAAAUGGAAGACGGAAGCCGAAGCCGCGGUGGCUCCCGGAGGAUCGUCGGAUAAGAAUUUCCGGGAGUUCGUGGGCAAGUUAGGUGUGAGAGUGACCAAGGUUAAGGAGAACGGAGACUAG